UGCGCACAUCACAUGACCUACCUCGUCAGCGUUUGUCAGGUCUUUUCCGUAUCCUCCUCAGCUUUCCUGUCUCUUAACUUCAACCAUAUUUGCUCCUGUUUAUUUUGCUUGACAUUUCAUGUGGCAGCGGGUCUUAUUGUGUGUUGCUCGAACAGAGAACUGCGCUGCAUGUUUGUUAACCUGUGUCCCAAAUAAAAUUUCGCUCCAUUCAGAAACGACCCGAAGAGCCACAGCUAGCCUCUGGUAGCCCGCUAGCAGCUGUUCAGCUUUGGGGAUAAUAGCGUCGCUGUGAGGCAGCCAACCAGGCACAAAGGGCAGGUUCUAUGACAUACGACCAUCAACCCCGAUCAGAGGAUGUACCCACCUUCCAGAAAGGACUUCAUCUCUCUGACACUCAGUGACUCACACAGUCAGACCUACAACAAUGGCAAACACCGAAGGCAGUCCUGCUGGAGAAAAUGGAAGCAGCUGUCUCGGCUCCAGCGAAGCCUCAUCCUGUUCCUGCUGGCUCUGCUGCUCAUAUUGGGACUGCUCUCCUACGGCAGCAUCACAGAACAUUGGAGAGGUUUGUCUGACCAGGAGGACUGGCUGGAGUUGAAUGACAGAGAAUUAAAGGCCAUUCCUCCAGGUGUGAAGCCAGUGUUGGGUCAGGCUGCAGGUAAAGCUCCAGCUCCGGUGGCGGGACCUCAUUUGCGGCCAGCUGUUGUUCCAGAGGCUGCGGGAGAAGCCAGAGGACCAAAUAUCCCCAUAUUGGUUAAGCCUCCAAUUAAGAAAAAGAUAUUUGCAAACAAAAGAGGUCCACCAAGCCUACACAAAGAUGGAAAUGUUUCAGACACGGUCGGCCGGGAGAAGCAAGAGCAGGUUGUUCAAGAGGAAGAAGGCGAGGAGGAGGAAAAACAAAAGAAGAUUGUCAGCUGGAGAGGAGCAAUGAUUGAAGCUGACCAGGCUACAGAACCUCCACCCUCAGCCAAUGAGAAAGAGGCAGCAGCGCCCCCAGCACCUGCCAACCCAGCUGACACUGUCCCCCUAGAAGCUUCACCUGAAACUAGAGAGAGACUGGAGGCAGUAUGCGAUGCCUUCAGACAUGCUUGGAAAGGCUACAAGGACUACGCCUGGGGUCACGAUGAACUCAAGCCCAUCUCCAAAUCUUUUGGUGAAUGGUUUGGACUGGGUCUGACGCUGAUUGAUGCUUUGGACACCAUGUGGAUUAUGGGCCUAAAAGAAGAAUUUGCAGAAGCAAAGACCUGGGUAGAGAAAGAUCUGUCCUUUAACAAGAAUGUGGAUGUGAACUUAUUUGAAACAACCAUACGUAUCCUGGGGGGGCUGCUGAGCACUUACCAUCUAACAGGAGACCAGCUUUUCUUGGAAAAGGCUAAAGACCUUGGCUCCAGAUUGAUGCCUGCCUUCAAAACACCUUCAAAGAUUCCCUUCUCAGAUGUCAACAUUGGAAAGGGAACAGCACACCCUCCCAGAUGGACAUCAGACAGUACGCUCGCUGAAGUCACAAGCAUUCAGCUGGAAUUCAGAGAGCUGAGCCGCCUCACUCAGGAUCCACAGUAUCAGGAGGCUGUGAAUGAGGUAAUGACGCUGGUCCACAAACUGCCCGGCAAACAUGACGGACUGGUGCCCAUGUUCAUCAAUACCAACAACGGCCAGUUCACCCACAAAGGAGUCUUCACACUUGGUGCCCGGGCAGACAGCUACUAUGAAUACCUGCUCAAACAGUGGAUUCAGGGAGGCAAAACAGAAGACAAUCUGUUGGAGGACUACCUUCAGGCCAUAGAGGGAGUGAAAAAACACCUGGUGAGACAGACGGGACCCAGCAAGUUGACCUUUGUCGGAGAGUUAUCCCACAACCGCUUCAAUCCUAAGAUGGAUCACCUGGUAUGUUUCCUGCCAGGGACUCUUGCUCUCGGGGCCCACAACGGCCUCCCAGGGGAUCAUAUGGAUCUGGCUGUGCAGCUGAUGGAGACCUGUCACCAGAUGUACAAGCAGAUGGAGACUGGACUGAGCCCAGAGAUCGCACACUUCAGCCUGCAGGCCAGUGAUGGGAGUGAUGUUAUUGUGAAGCCUGCAGACAGACACAACCUGCUGAGACCAGAAACUGUGGAAAGUCUCUUCUACAUGUACAGAUUCACCAAAGACACCAAGUACAGAGACUGGGGAUGGGACAUGCUGCAGAGUUUCAAUAAGUACACAAAGGUCUCUGGUGGCGGCUACACAUCCAUUAACAACGUCCGCGACCCUCUUAGCCCCGGGCCCCGGGACAAGAUGGAGAGUUUCUUCCUGGGAGAGACAUUGAAGUACUUCUAUCUGCUCUUCUCUGAUGACAUGGAGCUUCUCAGUCUAGACAAGUAUGUCUUUAACACAGAAGCCCAUCCUCUCCCCAUAUGGCCCUCUCCACCUAAGUGAAUACUCUGGAGACAUCAGUAAAAAUCAGGCCCGUGGAGUCAGGUGCAUCUCUAAGUCUCCGUCCAAGCUGAACUGCUGUGUGAAAGCAGAUCUGUGCUGUCUGCCUGAUAUGUAAAGGAGUUUAAUUUGUUUUGUUCUGUUAAUUUUUCCUAAGGAAAAGGUUAGUGACAGAGCUGGUCUCUAAUGUAAAAAAGAAAAUACAUUUUAAAAAUCAGAUCAAGCUACCGGGAACACUUUUCUUUAGUACUUGGGUGACUGAGAAUCUUCUUGUUUGUUCGUUUUUGCCAUGCGAGUUCAAAAACUCUCAUUAGUCCUACAUGUUGAGGAGUCCUGGCUGUUUAGGUGUCUGUUGACUCUCAUGCUUGAAGGGCAGUGAUUGAAAUGUUUUGAGUACUUUCAGCUGAAUUUUAUAUUUAAACGGUUGGCUCUAGUGUGUGAGUGUGGUGUGAUGCAUAGUUAUCUUUACACUGGCACUUAUUCGCAUAUAAAAAUGACACACAAGUCAAAAACCCCUCAGGAUUUUGUUACUCCAUGUGGCCCUAUACCCCUGUGUGUGGGAGCUAUGGGCUACUGCAGCGCAGCACACAGGGGAUCAGUUCCAGGUCACAAGUCAGUGCCUAGCUGCAGAGGAAAUCAGUUUUCCUAAUACUGAACAUUUAUGUCUUUGAUUUAAAAAAAAAAAAAAAAAAAAAGUCUUCAAGUAAAAUAUUAGGACAAAUACCGAUUUUACACCCUCAUGCUGUGCAGCUUCCAGCUGUUGACCUCCGUUACUUUUCAUUGCUAUUUUUGUUUUUUGUCUUCUUCUAUAUCACUUUUACACUUUUAGCAGUGAUUUACAUGAUACUGCAAAAUAAAGAGUUAAAUGAAUUAAAGCUUCCUGAACAGCCAUAUCUGUGUUUGUAGAGAAAAAUGUGGCUGUUGUUUACGAUCUUUACAUUUUGUGUAGCAUUAAAGCAGUCGUGGUUCUUUAGGUGUUACCUGUAUGCCAGUAAACUGGCUCUACAGAUGUAAUAAGUCUUGAAUAAUAAUCUUGACACAAGAAGCUUUUCAGUCUUUGUAGUCUGUCUUCUUUCAGAGUACGUAUUUGAUCAGGCUUUGGUUGAAUGCACUUACUAAAAUACAAUACUGUAACCACCACUCAUUUGAGCUUCUUGUGUACUUUACACAAAAAAAGAGUGUCAUCAAUGACCUGCAAUCAGAUCAUGGAGUCUUGGCCUGGAAUAUCUCCCCCCCCCCCCCCCCCCCCCCCUUAUUAAUAAAUAAAUAAACAAGGUGUCUACUCUACUCUACUCAGCCAGAGUGCUUUUCCUUAAAUUGGCAGAUGUGGACAUUUAGAAUUUUGUUUUGACAUCAUAUUUGGCAGUAAGUUUAAUGCUUACUGUAUAUUUAGGCACUAAGUUUCAAGGUGAAGAUGCUAAACUGUUUGAUAGAGAACUCCAGUGACCUAAUGAUCCCCUAUAAGUAAGCACUUGGCCUCAGGGGGAAGGAAGAACUCAAUUUUUUUGAGAAGGGAAGACUGGCACAAACGGGCUUAGGGAGGUGCAGCCUAACAAUAAUAAUAAUAAUAAUAAUAAUAAUAAUAAUAAUAAUAUCAUCAUUACUAUUGUUAUUAUAGAUAUAUUAUUAUGGUAUUGAAUAUAUUUGCACUCACAGUGCUUAACAAAUUUAUUAGCCCGUCACAAAAAGAAGAAAACACAAAUAUUUGAGAAAUCUUUGAAAAGCUUGAACAAAAUUCUUAUUUUUAUACCCAAAUUUGAGCCGGCAAACUGCACUUAUAGGAAGUCAGAAAUUAAGCAUAACAUGCAAUCACAUAAUCUAUUUUUUGUGUUCAGUAAUGCAAAUAAAUGUAAUUUGGCUUCUUAAUGAUAUAUAGAUAGAUCUAUCUAUCUAUCUAUCUAUCUAUAUAUCUAUUGGUUAAAAGUCAUAAAGAUGACUAAUUACCAAUAUAGGUAAUUUAGGGAAGCUGUGGAAUAAACCUUACACUCAGUGAUUGUUUAAUAGAUUUGUUAAGCACAAUAUAUUCUAUAAAGGGAAAUUUCUAUGGUUGCCAUACAGUUUUAAGCUGAUAGUUUAAGUUUAGAUGCAAACAAACCUACUAACAUUAUCAUUCCAGUGUCAGGGACGGUAUCCAGUAUUUGGCCCUGAUAUCAUUUUUCUCUGUAAAUUAGAUUUGGAAACAAGGAGGUCAUGUUAUAUUCAAGGGCUAGACCACUUGGAUUCAAUAAAACAGAUACUGUUUCUGUGUGGAGUACCGGUGCAACACAUUCUUGUGUUUUGGCUGGUGAGUUUCUAAUGAGACAAAUUCACGUUAUAAGAGGAAGCAGGUAUUCUCUUCAUUACUGCAGUGACACUCACCUGUAACCUCUGCAAACAGCUCUGUAUCAGAUGAUCAGGAGCUCAUUGUUUGGUUGUUUUUAUCUAGAAAUGUGUUCCUUUUUAGUUCUGUUCUGUUAUCAGCUGAAGUAAAAACCACUCCAUCAGAUAUGCUAUAUUUCCCUUGACUAAAAAUCUUGUAAAUCUGUAUCUUUCAGUGCCAUUCUGAGCUUCAUGUGGGCCAGAAAAAAGGCAUUACUCUACUUGUAUUUGGACCGCCUCCCCCUAGUUUGGUACUGUGCAGGCUGAAAUUGUGGCUUAUGGGUUUGAGAGUUUAAUUAACAAAUUUGUGCUGGGUUCAAUAGGUAACAGCGUAUCUCGCUCAACUCUGACUGUGGAGAGGAUUCAAAAGUCUUUCAUUCAGGAUAUUUGUUCACAAAGCCAAUGUCACAGGCAGAUUUUGCAAACUUCCUUCAGAGGCAAAACUGGCUGAAACUGACCCAAAUCAAUCUGCUUUCAUGGUAACUUUAAAUUUGUUCAGUUUUGCUACCACAGCAGUCGUGGGGUUUCUUGUAAGACCCAUGUAAAUUGGCAUUGAUGCAUUUAUAGAAAGACUUUAAGAAUUUCUGAAGCCCAUGCUGCAUUGCCACAGAGGAAAUACAUUCUUUAUGAAUGCAAAUGACUUCCUACCAUCUCCUGAUGUCUUCCCUGGGAAUCUGUCAAAUACUCAAGUUUUAUGGUGGAAAUGGACGGAGAUACUAGUCUGACUAAAAGCUUGCAGGAAAAAAAACAUCUGUUUAAUGCUUGACAGUAAAGAGAUUGAAGCUAUGAGGGAUAGUCCAUAUACACAUGUGGGUUUGACAUGGCUCAGGGACCCUUUGCCAACAGAAGGAGUGUAAGAUCGCCUAUUCGUCAAAAACAAAUGUUAAAAAUAUGUGGUAAAUGUGAUCUGUCAUUAUGGUUUCCUUUUACUGGGCUAAUACAACAAAUAGCUGGUCAUUCUAAUGUUCUGACAUGUUUAAGACGGGGAUUGAUUUUUUUUUUUUUUUUAAACUCAUCUAUCCAAAGUACUGAUGAGCUUAUGCGAUGGCAAGGUGUCUUCCGUCCAUCUGUCCACAAUUCACAAGAAUCACUACUCCUCCAAAAACAUUGGUCAUAUUUUAGUGAAACUUGCACACGAUUAAACCAGACUGAGGGCAUAUUUGUCAUUUAAUGACCACUUUUAAAUUUUUACAUGAGUCACUACUCCUUCUAGAGUAUUGGUCAGAUUUUAGUGAAAGUAUAUAAUUUGUCCUGGGUAUGAUUGUUGAAGUUUGUGCAAUGUAGUUUUUAUUCUGUACUUUGAACAUUAAAAUAAAUUAUGAAUUGUGAUUUUGUUUAAGUUUUUUUUUUUUUCUAAAUAUGUGAUUUAUUUUAAUUUAUGAUUGAUUCAGAUUUUGUUUAUUGAUAAUGAGAUGUCAGAUCUAUCAGAUGAUUAUAUAGGGCCACAUGGGAUGCCUGGUUUUCCUUAUGAUAAUGAUAGAAAAAAAAAAUCAAUUUCGUAGACUGAUCCAGUGCACUGUAAGCACUGCUUUAAAGAUAGUUGAUCACAGACUGCUUCUGAUUUGUAUCUGUUUUUGAACUAGAUGAAAUGUUAAGGCCCACUUGUAAAGUGGUCCUAUGUUGCUUUUCUUUAUUUUAUGACAUAUACUGUUACAGUUAGACUUUGAUCAAUAUAUCGGUCCCAACAAAAUCAUCAGUCUUGACUGAUGGCCAGUAUUAGCCAUUAACCGAUAUAAUCGAUAUAAUAAUCGAUAUAAUAAUCGAUUUUGACAUUUAAAAUGGCCACAAAUGAAAAUUUAAAAGCAGAGUUGGAAGAAACACCCUUUGGCAAUGUUAUGGGUUUUGCAAAGUUGAGCUGGGCAGAGCAGAAAUGAGUAUUCCACAUCUGAUGGCAAAACAAAAUUAUUUUUAAAAUCUAUCCAUUUUCUGCCUCUUACCUGAAUCUGGGUCACCUGGGCAGCAGCCGAAGGAGAAAAGCCAGGACCUCCCUCUCCCCGGCCAACCUUCUUCAGCACAUACAGGACUAAAUUAUAUUCUAUGCGCAACAAGUGUUAGGAAAAUCAAUUUAAUGUCUUUAAUCACAUAUUAGAUAUGGCCAAAUUUUCAAAAAUGAGCUUAGGCUGAGGUAAAUUAUCUCCAUCUAUCGUUAUGACCACGGAAGCCCCGCAUACCUGCCUUUCAAACUUUGGUUGUCACACGCAAACAAAACAAUCAAAGGAAGGUGACUUAAGAGAAGGAACGGAAUCAAAACAAGUUGUUUUAGAGUGCGAAGCAUAAGAUAAAUGAGCAUUAUUUUUAACUGUGAACAAUAAAGGGACUCCAGUAGAGUCCAAGAGUAAAGAUAUAGAGCAUAAUGGGUCCACUCUAACAUCAUGUUAAUAAGCUUCAUCCACCAGAGAGCCAUACUGACCCACAUCUUUGAAUGUACACUACUGUUGCCACCGUUCUGCUGUGCCUGUUUGGAUGUAUGUUGUGCUUUGGUGGUUUUGUUUCCUCUUUUGUGUAAUUGCUGCUGCAUCAGUGGUGUUUAUUUUUGAGUGGAAGUUUGAGCACAGAAAAAUUAAAAGUCGGGCUUGUAUUUUUAAUCAGGGUGGGUGGAUGACAAAAAAGCGGUGUACAUAUUUUAAUGUAAAACGUUCCUACAGAAUUAAAUCGAUGUCCUGAUUUCUGAGCCUUUUCCCGUUUUAAUAUUGUGUAACGUCAUGUUGAAAAAAUGUGAAAAAAAAAUAAAUUGAAAGAUGCUGUUUUUGUUUUGCUCUGUUGGGUUUUUUCCCCGUUUUUUUUUUGUUUGUUUGUUUGUUUGUUUGUUUGUUUGUUUUGUUUUGUUUUGUAUUUUUGUUUUUUGUUGUUGUUGUUUUUCAAGGCAUAACCAUUGUCGCACCAGCUUGUCAAAGAGUUGUUGAGAUUCAGUAUGAACCAAACUUUUUGACCAACUAGCAGACAAACAUAGCCAUAGCCUCUCUCUCUCUUGCUCUCGCUCUCUCCCCCUCCCUCCCUCCCCUGUAUAAUCUCUAUUUUUCCCACAUCUAAUUUAACAAGAGUUUUGCAGAAGCUGAAUCCUAUAAGCAGCUGGCUUUAAGGGAAGUUUAACAUUUACUGAGACUGAUGUCUGUUGACUGAGUUUCUUUUUUCCUCCCUCACUGCACAGCAGCAGGGGGAUAAUUAAAUCUCCUAGCAUCUGUUCUACACCGUCUCAUUUACAGUUUUCUAUGGUUUAUAAUUCAAUUCUUAAUUCCUGCUGUAUAAGAAAUCAUGAAAAAAGCUGUGUUAACGUGUCUUGAGAUAUGUAUUUAACCUUGUGUGUUAAUUAUGCCAUGCUUCAACUGCACUUAUUAUGGUGGCACCAUGACAGUGUAAAAGUUAAACACGGCUUGUGUAUCAGAAAGUGAACCCCAAAUGGAGUUGGUUUAUGCCUCCAUUAUUUUUAAUGGACACUAGAGGGCAAAAUGUGUGAUUGGAUAAAGAGCUCUCGUCCUGUUGAAGUCUAUGGUGAAAACGGACACAAACACUUUCUUGUGAGUUUAUACGCUCAGUCACUCAAUUGGAAUGAUCCAGCGUUAAGUCUGUUUUGUACGUUUUGGUCAUUCUAAAAUUCGGAAAAGAUGAUAAUCCAUGAAAUGCUCAAUGGCUAACGACUUGUGAUUCAUUCAUCUUUUAUACAGUGUAUGGAUGGUACAAUAAACACAGCUUUAUCAUAUCGUAAUAAUUUUUUUGUGCCUAAUUGUACAAAAAGUCUUUUGUAAAGUGUUUUUCUCUUCUUAAAUAAACAUGUGUACAUGAAGUGAAAUGGAUUCAACAAAUGUUAUAUUGCAAAAUCUUGUCUGGUUUUCUUUCUUUUUGAGAAGCGAUUGUACAAUUUAAUGUACAGUAUUUGUAAAAACUAUUUUAAUUGCCGAUUGGCAGAAUAUACCACUUAUGAUUAUGUCUGCUAUAUUUUUCAUGAAAUGUGGACAAUAAAACGUCAGCACUGUCUGUUGGUUCCUGCCUGCACAGGCUCCUGCUCCACCGAGUGUCGCCAUGUCGGGGACCUAAGACGUUGAUCAAUUUUGUUUAUGCUGUUUCAGUCGACUGAUUGAGCCACUUGAGGAAAAAAACAA